AUCCUUGAAUUGAAAACACAUUAAUUCAGCGAAUAAUCAGAAUAUCUCUUCAAUUGAGGGCUUUCUUAUCUGGGCAGAUAUGGCUGAGAGAGUGUCUGAGCCUAACAUCAAACAGCUUCUGAUUGAGUGCCGGGAGGCCAUCAAAAACGCUUACAUCCCGUACAGCAAGUUUGCCGUCGGGGCCGCCAUCGAGACCACCAGUGGUGUCAUAUAUCGAGGCUGUAAUAUAGAGAACGCCGCCUAUACUGGCUGUAUAUGCGCCGAACGCACGGCCAUCGCUAAGGCCGUGUCCGAUGGGUUCAGAGAAUUUAAGGCCAUAGCCAUCACAUCCAAUAUGCCGGCGCCCGACAUCAUUGUCCCGUGCGGUACGUGUCGACAGUUUAUACGCGAGUUCUCAACCGAUUUGGUUAUAUAUUUGGUUAGACCUGAUCUCACGUACGAGAAGACAUCGUUGGCCGCACUGUUGCCCAAGUCGUUCGGUCCGCAAGACCUCGAGAAAGGG